GUGAAAGUUUGUGGAAUUCCGCUCAAACUCUCUUGACGAAUGUAAUGGAUCAAGGUUAUUUCCUCUAAUGUUUUCUUUGCCUGGUUGCUUGUUUUGGAGAUGAAAAGAUUUUAUUGCUAACGUAUGCAUACAUCGUUUAAGCAUAAAACCCUGGCGAUGGUUAUGUAGCAGCGGUUUGUUGAUAAUUUCGUGGCAAUUAAUAGGCUUUACAAUCAUGCAUACGGUAGAUGGCUAGUAGUGUUGCCAAGCUAAAACCACUGUCAUCAGUGAUCGCCGAGCCUGAUGAAGUCCUUGUACAAAAUAUGGAAGAGAAUGAAGUGCUAGCGGGACUAGCUAGAAACAGUGACUCUGCGAAGAAAGCUGACAUUUUGGACGAGCUCAGAGCAAACGGACGGCGAAAUGGUGGUCGCUUACAAUUUGACGAUCGACUUGGUUUAUUUCGUGUUCUGCAAGAAGCGCUGGCCGACUCAAACUCUAACACCAGAUUGUGUUGCCUCGAAUUCUUGUGUGAAAUAAUUCCUGAGUUUGGAGAGGAUUUGGAUAGCUGCAUGACACUUGUUCUUCCUCUGCUCGUGUCAAACAUCGGAGACAACCAGGUGUCGGUGAAAAAAUCCGCUAUUCAGACCCUACAUGUGUACAUGAAACAUUCUUCGCAAGUCAGUGCUGUUCUUAAUGCUAUCAUCGAUCAUGGCCUUGAAAGUGAUGACCGAAGGACAAGAACAGAAAGUUUAGUUGCUUUACCAAUUCUCAUAAUGCCGAACCUGGCCCACGAAGAUCUGUUUACGUUGACAAAAGCGCGUGUUGGUAAGUUAGAAACUUCGUCGAGACCCGAGACUUCACCUGCUGUCAUCUCUCUCGAAAGGAUACGAAAUGUUGUUGGGUCCACAAUUUUCGAAAGCUACCUUCAUCGCCUAUCGCCUGAUCAACAAAAUUUAUGUAUAUCGGCGCUACAAAAUCGAAGCGCCGAUCCCGUUAAAGAAUUGGAGCUGCUUGGAGGUCGCAAGGCCAAGAGUGCCGGUCACUUGAAUACGAACGGAAUCAUUGCAGACGUUGAACUAGAUAGAGGGACCGUGCUCGAUAGAGGGCAUACGAUAGCCAUAACUAGUACAGAUAAUCACCCUGAUACGAACUAUGGACUGCUCGAGUUUGGUUUUGUCCCUGUUCCUGUGAUGUUUAAACUUAGAGAUCAAAGUAAUUGGAGGAUUCGAGCUCAGGGAAUUGAAGAACUGAAAACUCUUAUGGGACAGCUGACCGAUACAGAACCAAUUCAACCCAAUUUGGGACCACUCUUUGCAUUACUGCUUAGCUUCGUGGACGAUGUGAACUUUAAAAUUGGUGUCACUAGUCUUCAGAUUAUUGGAUUACUGGUUGCUAAAUUGGGGGUUGGCGUACAUCCUGUUCUUAAACCUUUGCUGUUAGCACUAUCAAACAAAUUAGGUGACAAUAAGAUUGUAAUUAGACAGGAAAAUAUGAAGGUGUUUAUGCAGCUCAUGCAAAUUCUUUCUCCAAAGUCAGUUUUAACUGUGUUGACAUCAAACUUACAACAUAGAAAUUCAAGAGUGCGUGAAGAAACCGUAAACGUUUUCAUUGCUGCACUACUUACAUUUCCUAGUUCAGACUUCAAUCUUCCAGAACUGACCAAUGCAAUAGCUCCAGCAUUAGUUGAUAGCAAAAGAAGAGUGCGACAAGCAGCACUGGACGCUUUUGCAGUUAUAGCGCAAGCAAUGGGACCUGGACGCAUUCAACCUGUGGUGACAGCAGUUGAUAACAUUGAGCUUACAAUGGGUGGUGAUGGUGUAAUGGCUGCUAUCACUGCUAGGUUAGCUAGGAGGCAGCUUCCUCGCCUGAAUAGGGAUGGUUUGGUUGAGUAUGCAGUUCCUAUGCCAUCAUCAGGAACAAUCAGAGGUCAGAGCAACACACCACGUGGGGCUGACAUUGACUGGAUCUUAGCGGGCACUGCUGGAACAGGUUCAGCCGAUCCAUCAGGGUCCAGUCGCUCCACACCAGGACCCACUGAUUCAUUUUCCAUGUCUGGGCCAAGUCCUCGAAGAUUCUUUAGUGCAGGAAAGAAUCGGUUACCUUGGGAAGGUGACCAGGCCAAGGAUGUUACCCAGAUCAGACACCCAAGGAAGUUCUUCCAAGGGGUGCACAGUCAGUCACACCCACUCCUCCAUUUUCCCUUCAAAGUUCAUUUUCACCUGGUGAUGAAGAACCCUUUCUGCCAUCGCAGAGAAAACCUCUCUCGAUGUCACUGUCCAGCUCGGGGCCUAACUGGACUGAGCUUAAGAGUGAAAUGAAACCAUUUGGAAGACUGUCACCUGUGUCACAUUCCAUACCUAUGGACAUGGACUCAUCUGGCGAGCAAGGAGAAGGUGAUAUGAAAAAGAAUGAAGUGCCUCAGACACCCAUUCACAUGAAGCCCCAACUAGUACGAUCAGCUUCAAAGACUCGAGGCUUAGGAGCUACUGAACUGGGAGAAACUAAAAAGACUGAAAUCCAGUCACUGCAGCACAGUGCUGGGAAGUCAGUUUGGACGAUCUGCAGCCCUUCAGCAAUCCAGACAAUGCUCUGCGAGAUGCAUUUAAGUGUCUAGCAAACACAGAAGAUUGGGAGAAGAAGUGUGAAGGAAUUCAAGGAAUUCGUUGUCUUACAAAACAUCAUCCUGAAGUGCUGGUUUCACAGCUACACACAGUGACUCUCGCUAUCAUAGCAGAGGUUAAGAAUCUUGGAUCUCAAGUUUCUCGUUCGGGCAUUUGCUGUCUUGGAGACAUGUACGCCAUUCUUGGAAAGAAUAUGGAUAAUGAACUGGAAGUCACUGCUAAAAUUUUACUGGCUAAAGCUAGCGAACCGAGUGGCUUUAUUAGAGAAGACGUGGAAAAAGCCUUGACAGCCAUGGUUUCUUGUCUUACCCCAACCCGUUUGAUGGUCGCACUUAUAUCAGGUGGAGCCAGUCAUCGCAAUGUUACCGUACGUAAGACUACUGCCCAGUUCCUUAGCAUGCUCGCAGACCGCAUGGGACCAAGUCGAUUGAUGAGUGGAGCCAAAGAUGUCACUGAGAAGAUUCUUCCUACUACAGCUCAAUUCCUGACAGAUGGCGGGCAGGAAACCAG